AAAGUCCUCUUGAUCAUUAGUUGACUUGACUUUACAUUAUGUUCAUCUCGUAGUGUAUAUUUAAGUAAUUUGGCCAGAAAAUGUCUAGUUACUCGCAUGAUUAGCUGAAUUAAACUUCACUGAAAGACAGAAAAGUUGUUUUUCUUAGCUUAGAAUAUCGAUUCAAUUCAGACACAAACUUACUUUAAAAUAAAAUUUCCGACAUAUUUGAACUUCGUGCAUGUCAAUUAUGCACUGUCUUAAGCUUCUCUGAUUACUUAUAAAGUCCAGACUUCUUGCUCUUAAUGAUAUAUCAGUCUAAUUUAAAUUAUUCUUUUAGGUUGGAAGUUUAUUAGAAUGCCGUCACACGGACUGUGAAGACGUAAGAGACUUGAUUCAUGGAAUUUUCUGUCAUCUUUUUAAGAACACCUGAGUUCCUCACCGACGCGUGGGCCUUUAGCAGCGGACCACAAACGGCUUAGAGAGGAUGGCGGAUGCCGUGUACACAUUUUUCGCUAUUUUGGCCACACUCAUUGGAGGAAGCGGUGUGAUCCUUAACUUUCUCGUGUGUUUGAUGUACUUCGCAACUCCGAAGCUUUUAGAUGCCACUAACAUCUUCAUGCUCAACAUGGCGGUUGGAGACUUAACUUACUCAAUCGUGGCUCUUCCGCUUCUGGUCGCUUCCAACGCUCGGGGUGAAUGGGCAUUUGGAGAAGCAGGUUGUACUGCUUACGCCUUCAUCACAUUUUUUUUUGCACUUGGCACCAUGAUGCUACUGGCGGUUGCUGCUUACGAGCGUUACUUCACGCUAUGUAGGUUGUACAAUGACGGUCAAACUCAGUUCAGUAAGAAAAGAGCAAUCGUUCUGUGCGCACUGAUAUGGUGCUAUUCUCUGUUCUGGAGCGUGAUGCCGGUUCUUGGUUGGUCCAGAUACAUCCCGGAAGGUAUUGGUACCAGUUGUUCAGUGGACUGGACUUCAAAAGAGCAAGGUAAUGUGUGGUUCACCAUCCUUUUGAUCCUGGGCUGCUUUCUGCUUCCUGUUUCCAUCAUUAUCUGCAGUUACCUCAAGACCUUCAGGGCUUUGAGAAAGUUAAGCCAACAAGCGUUGCAGAAUUGGGGAGAAAACAACCGUGUCACCCAAGAAACCCUCAAGGCAGAAAGUAAGAUGAUGUGGAUAAUAAUCGCCAUAACAGCAGGAUACCUCUUUGCCUGGACGCCGUAUGCCUUAACUGCAGUAGUGGCCAUUAUAAACCCAAACAGGAUCAGCCCUAUUGGGGCCACGAUUCCAGCUUAUAUGGCCAAAUCUUCAGCUUGCUACAAUCCAAUAAUUUACGUGUUCAUGUAUAGAAAGAUGCGAAGCAGAUUGUGGGCAAUACUUUGUUGCAAGAAAUCUCAAGUUCAUCCAGACGCACAAAUUGCUUCUGAAAUGGCAAGCUAUCAGAAAAGUGCAGCGGUUACAUAUGCUGGACGAGGAACUUCAUUCGAUGAUAAAAACGUAGACUUUCCCCACUCAGCCUGAAUAGCUGGCGGAUCUUGAGGGGAAGGGGGGUCAGAGGAUUUUGAAGUAUCUCUACAAAAUUCACUGAUGAUCCCCCCUUAAGUCUCUGCAAUAUUCUUUUGAACCACCCUCAUUGGCAGUUAGUCGUCUAUCGAUUUGAAGUAGUCCCUCCUGUUUAGUCUGUUGGCAACGACUUAUUCCCUCUCAUGUAUCCCCUGAAAACACGUGAUCCCCAUAAAUCCUCCGCUCCCCCUCCCCCUCUCAAGUGAUAAACAGUGAUGGUCCCUAACUGACAUCAAGGAAUAUCAGUGAAAGAGUUUGAUCUUGUUUCCGGGUUUUUCAAAAUAUCGUGAACUUUAACUGACACAAACAACGCCUAUGAGGUUUCCAAGAUUUCCGGAGUUCUAAUGGAACUCAACUGAAAAUUUUAGCAUUCUCUCAAAACGAUGCGUACUCUAUGCAUUUCGACAAUGUUAAUCUGACUCGUCCUUGUCGGUUGGUUUCGAGAAACGCGAGGAAGAUGGGUACAACUCAUGGACGUACGCAACAAACUACACAGGGGAC